UUCACGACAACGGAAUCGAAAAUGGCGACGGAUUGAAACAGAAGUGUUCGUAGCAGAAGAUACAUUAUUCGAUUGAUUUUUACUAAUAAAAGUGCAUUGCGCGUUUCAUAAGGUACGGAUAAGCUCAAGUUCGGGUUAUCGUGUUCGUUGAUAUUAUGGUUACCGCCGGGAAACACCAUAUGACGCAUUAUUUUCCGCGAGACGCGACACCAGAUUAAUCGGACUUGACUACAUAAAUGGUUGCUGUAAUUUCCUGGAUAACGAUAAAAAAAAAUAUGAUGGUGAUCCUGGACGCUGGCGGAUAUUUGUCCAGUUUCAAGGAUGGCAAACAAGGAGAACGAGAGAAAGCAUAAUUUUGAUCCCUCAGUGGAUGAUGUGGCAAAAUAAUAUUUUCUUUCUCUGGGCUGUGUGUGAUAUUGGGAAUGGGAAUGGGAGCUGGAAACAUCGAAGCGAGCAAUCGUCGGGCUAGCCAUAGUGAUUUUUAGUGCGAUUAUUCCGUUUUGUUCCGGUAUUGAAUUUCGAGAAAAAAAAAUCGCCGUUCCUAGCGCGUCCCGUUCCGGUGUAACGAAAGAAUGAAUGGAAUAUCUAGAAUGUCGGUAUCGCGAUAGAAUUCCACGGUCAUAACGCGAUUCGACGAGCAUUCCGCUCUUAAUACCAUUUCGGCGGUUCGGUUUUAGUCGCCGGAUUAUCGGUUCGCGAUCGACAAUAUUAUCAACUGGUGGAUCGGACUAUUCAAUUCCUCAGAUACUGAUAAUCGGACUAUUAUCACCAUCAUAUAAUACAAAUGUUCUGAUACUAUUGUAUUCCGCUUUCUCAUCCUCCCGUUUUUGCAGAGUAAACGGCGGAUUAUUCUGAAUCCGUGUGAUUUUGUGCUAAAAGAAUUUUCACAGUAUCAGUAAAAUUUCUAAACAGAAGAAUCGGCUGUGUCUGAAAUUUUUUGUGCGCGGUGUCUUGUGUACGCAUGGACCGUAACAUGUCCUCAAUGGGACGGCUGAGCAGGCGAAGUCCGUCCCCUCCGCGUGGCGGACCGAUUGGUUCAGGCAAGCUGCGCAUGGACCGUAAACCAAACCACGUUAGGAUUAAUGAUCCUAGCCAUCCAGCCGGAAAGCGCAAGGAAAUCGACAACGUAAUGAGAAAGGCCCGCGCUUUUCCCAACGAAACUUGGGAUAAAAAAUUACUGGAAGUGGAAGAGAAGGAUCCGAAUCGUUGGCGUCACACUGGAUUCAAGAAAAUGUACAUUGAAGACGAUCCAAGUAGCUCAGAUAGUGAGCGAGGCGGCCGUUUCGGAAAUGGUCCGCCCCCGCGACGUACUCGUAGCCGAUCACCUCGCUCUCCGCCACCACGGCACCGCCGUAGCCCGUCUCCUCCGAUGAGAAAACGUCGUCCGCUGCCAGUUUCCCCUUCACCGCCACCAAUGCGACGACGUCCGUCAUCUAUUUCUCCUCCUCCACCAGAGCCGAUGUUGAAACGGAGACCGCGUUCUCCACCACCACGAAUGAUGCGCCGACCGUCGCCACAGGAAUUCCAUCGUAAAUCUCCAUUCUCUGCUGGGGGUUCACCCCGUCGUGGGCCCCCACGUCGAAUGUCUCCGGGACCGCCGCCAAGGGCUCGUGCCAAGAGACCUCCAUCGCCUCCGCCAAAGAUAAGUCGAUCGCCCUCAAUUACCAGCUGUUCGGAUGAAUCCUGUUCCGCGUGCUCCAUAGAUGAUAGGCACCACCGGCUACGGCCUCGUACAUCUCGUUCGAUAUCCGGUUCGCGUCCGCGUCUCCGUGUUGCCUCGCCGCCUAGCGCACAUAUUUCGAAAAAUCGUCGCGACGGUCCGGGAAUGCGUCCGAUGAGUCCGUCGCCAAUGGACCCGCGCCGUAAGGAACCGAUGCCGAAGGUGCACCGCGUUGAUAAGGAUCCUCGAGAGCGCCCAUCGCGUCCAAUUCCUCCGCCACCACCGCCCGAGCGUAUUCGCCAUCCACAAACGCCCGAGUCAGACAAAUUGCCCUCUCCAAAGCCUUCUCGUGUGUCGAAGCACAAGGCUAUUCCAGAAGAUCCCCGUCCAGCAAAGGUUCGACCACCCAAGCAGGCAGCAGCGGUAGCGGCCGCGUCAGUUCCAAGCAAGAAGCACAAAGAUAAAAACACAGAAAAGUUACGAGCACGAGUUAAGAUCGAGGGCGAGCCAAAACAACGUCGUCCGCGUUCACCAUCGUCCGGUUCGGAGGAAUCGUCUAGCAGUGAAAGUUCAUUACCACGGUUUACUGCCACCACACGGUUGACACUGUCGGAACGUUUCGGCAAAAUGGCCCAAUGGAGCGUCGAUCGGAGCAAUAUGGAAAAUAUGCGUAUCACCAAGAACAGUGCUGGCGGAGAUCUGAAGGUCAUGAUCGAGGAAGAAAUGGAAGCUCCGCCCCCGGUACGAUACACAUAUUCUCCUGCACCAGCAGGACACUUCCCCGAAGAAUUGAUGACCACAGGUCCCAGUGGAUUAUCUUCAUGGGACGAUGUUCGUGUACGGUACGAGUACUACAAAGGACGCGGUUAUCUGAGGGAUCUGGAUCUACAGGAUUACAUCAAGUGGGAAGAGUGGUGGUAUAAAUAUCAAGAAUGGCUGAAGCAAGAGCGCUAUUACGAGUUGUGGGAACGAUCCCAGAUGAACAGACGUCGCAAGAAAGUACCCAUUACGCAAAGGUUGAAUUAAAAACCGAGUGGAACGAUGCAUUCAGAACACAUAAUAUAUAUUAUAUUUUCCGCUACAUAUUAUCUGUAGAGAAAUAAAAAGUACACAAACAUUGACCUCUAAAGAGUAGCUUUUAGAGGUAGAACUGCCAUUGCGCAGAACAAAAGUAAAAAAGUAAAAGUUAAUAUAUUAUUCAUUUUAAUGUUUCAUGUGCAUUACAAUAGAAAAAAAUGCCGCUUGAGAUCAUAGAACCAUGGAAUCCUAUUCCACACAUAUAAAUGGUAAGCAUGAUUGAGCAUAUUAUUUGACAAUAUCAACGGUAAUUUUUCACUAUCUUUAUAUCCAAGUCGUUUUUGAACAAAAAAUGGAUGGAUACAACGUGAGAAUAAAAAGUUUUUAUUCUUUCAA